CUAUGCUAGUCACUGGCCGUCAAAUUUACAUUAUGCUCCUCCCUUCUGAAUCUGGUUCAGGUCUCUUGUUUGCAGCCUCUGAAUUCUAGUGUGCUUUGUGUUGUAAAACCUGAUGCAGAGAUAAAUAGACUCAUUUCCUUUUCUAUCUAGCUUUAAGAAACAAAGGCACUUCUUCGACUCACCAUAGCGUCAGCAAGAGGGGUUCUAGCUAAAGAGACGAAAUGCACCACAACCGCCAGCGCAAAAGCAAUCAGCCGUGGCUUUGGUUGUUGGAUGCAUAUAUGAAACAAUCACCAGCACCGCAAGAAACAAUGGGCUGGGCGUGCUGCUUUGGCACUAGCAGUGGACGCCAAGCGCUUGCACAAGACACUCGUGCACACACAGGCGUUACGGUUCUCAUGGCACCGUGCUGCCCCAUGCAUGCUGAAAUUACUUUCUGCUUGCUUUGGCGAUGCCAAUCUGUACUACGAUAUUAAUUUGCAUCCUAAAAAUUGCUCCCUAUAAAUGGUCAGGAGAUUGAUCACGGUCAUCGUCAAUAUCAGAUCUGUAAGACUCGAAAGAGAUUUAGUAAGAGUGUGGGCUAGAUCUAGAGAGUACAGAGUGAGAGGAUGUCGACAAGCAGUGGCAAGCCGCUCCUCGUCGUGAUCCGCCGGAGCAAGCUCUCCGUAGGAGAUGAGGGCCGCCGCAUCUGCACAGAGUUCAAGCAGGCCAAGUACCCCUUCAAGUGGAGAAGGUACAUGUGCGCUAGGUGUGGGGUGCUCCGUGAGGAGCACAACGCCUGCAAGAGCAAGCUCUCCGCAGGAGAUGGGGGCAAGCACGACACCAGAAAGAGCAAGCUCCCUGCAGGAGAUAAGGGUGAGCAAUCCACUGACAAGUACAAGCUCUCUGCAGAAGAUGAAGGUGAGCGCAGCGCCAACAAGAGUAAGAUAUCUGCAGGAGAGGAGGGCGAGCGUUUCUGCACCGAGUUCAAGCAGGCCAAGUACCCCUUCAAGUGGAGAAAGUACAUGUGUGCCAGGUGCGGGGUGCUCCGUAGCGAGCAUGGUGUCAGCAAGGCCAAGGCCAAAGUGGACGACGACACGGAGAAUAUCAAGGAGGAGGACCUGCCGCCACGCAAGAGGCUCAUUCUCAGGUUCAAACGGUCACAGGCCCUUGCUGCUGCUGCUUCUGCCACAUCCAGGGAGAAGGAGAACAAGGAGGGGGAGCUAGAGGAAGGGGAGAUCAACUGGAGCCCCGGCGCGACGAUCGCCAAGGGGAAGAGAGCCCCAAGGAGAAAGCGCUAGGAUGCACCGUGAACUGAGCAAUGCACCAAUUGAGAACUUGUUAUAUGUGAAUCUCUUUAGCUACGUGAAACAACUUGUGUACUGGUCCGACGU